CCCGGGAUGGAGCCCCCGACCGGCACCGAGAGCGCCCGCCUGGUCAGCCCGCGGAACGGCCGCGCCGACGGCAGCCUGCGCCUCAAGAGGUACCGCCGGCACCGGCACCAUCUCCCCGACAUCCCAUCACCCCGACAUCCCAUCACCCCGGCACCCCCACCACCGCCAGCACAACCCCAUCACCCUCGCCUGCGGCGCCGACGGCACUUCCAUUACCGGCACUUCCAUCACUGGCAUCCCCAUUGCCCCGGCACCUCCGACACUCCAGUCACCACCGGCACUUCCAUCACCACCGGCACACCAUCGGCUCCCGGCAAUUUCUCGCACCACCACCUCCAUUAUCCCCCGCAUCUGCAACCCUCGGUCCUCCCGCACCAGUACCGCCGGCACCUCCAUCACCCCCAGCUCCCUCGGCACCCGCAAGCCCCCGGCACGUCCCGCGCUGCCCAGCUCGCACCCCCCCACCCCCGACACCGGCACUCCCGGCACGUCCCUCCGCGCCCGUGCCUUCAUCCAUCCGACACGGACAUGGGCACCUCCGCAGUCCCCGCGCCAGCCCUGACCAUCCGCCACUUGCACCGUCACCCCGCCACCGGCACGUUCGCCCAGCCACCGGCACCUCCGCUCAAGCGGAACCAGCCCCACCGUGCGCCAGACUCGCUCCCCCCCUCGGGCGUCCGUCCCGCACCUAUCGGCGCCCAAACGUCGCCCACGCACACCGGUACCAUCCAUCCAUCACUCGCCCACACCGGUACGGUCCAUCCAUUAGCCCCCGUCCCUGUGAGCUGUCCGUCCCCGCUCCCGCACUGCUGCCCCACGCACCAGGACCUCGGCCCCCGCCGCCCCUUCCCCACGCCUCACGUCUCCGCACGGGCGGCCCGUCCCGCAGCCCGGCCGCAGGCACAGCACCUCGCUCCCAACCGCACCUCCCCGCGGGUACCCGCACCAGCCCGGUCUCCGGUUCCGGCGGGACCCCCGUGCCACCGCCUCCUGCUGCUGCCGCCGGUCCCGCGGCUGCUUGUCCCGCUGGGGACCGACUGCCCGGCUGCACCGACUGCCCGGCUGUGUAACACCGGGCGUCUCUUCACAGGCUCUCGAGACCCUUGGGCACUGGCGGCCCCCCCAGAUCCCCACUGCCGCUGCAGCCCCCCAACCCCCAGCCCUGGGCAGGGCAGGCUCCAGGCCCGCCAGCAGCUGAGCGUCGCCUGUGCUGUCUGCUGCCUCUUCAUGGUCGGGGAGGUGAUAGGUGGGUACCUGGCACACAGCCUGGCCGUCAUGACCGAUGCAGCCCACCUGCUGACAGACGUGGGCAGCAUGUCCGUCAGCCUCUUCUCCCUCUGGGUCUCCAACCGCCCGCCCACCAAAACCAUGACCUUUGGUUGGCACCGCUCGGAGACACUGGGUGCACUGGCCUCUGUCCUCUCUAUCUGGGUUGUGACCGCAGCCCUUGUCUAUCUGGCGGCCGCCCGCAUCAUCAGCAAUGACUACGAGAUCGAGGCACGAGCCAUGCUGGCCACAUCCGCCUGCGCUGUCGGCGUCAAUCUGGUCAUGGCCUACAUCCUGCACCAGUCCCCUGCUGGCCAUGGCCAUGGCACAGGGGCCUACGAGCAGCUGGAGAGCUCUGUGGCCUGUCAGCCCAGCCACAGCCCCCUGCCUGGCAGCACCAGCGUGCGGGCAGCCUUCGUCCAUGUGGUGGGGGAUCUGCUGCAGAGCGUCAGUGUCCUCGUGGCUGCCACCAUCAUCUACUUCAAGCCCCAGUGUAAGAUCGCAGACCCCAUUAGCACCCUCUUCUUCUCUGUCUUCGUCCUUGGCUCCACCAUCACGAUCCUCAGAGAUGUCUUCAGGGUCCUCAUGGAAGGGACACCACGAGGCCUCGAGUUUGAUGCGGUGAAGGAGGUGCUGCUGGGGACCAGCGGGGUGCGGGGUGUCCAUGACCUCCAUCUCUGGGCGCUGACGCUGAGCCACCCCGCGGUGUCGGUGCACGUGGCUGUGGAUGCCAGCGCUGAUGCCGAGAUGGUGCUGCAGGAGGUCACUGCCCGGCUCCAGAGCAGGUUUGGCUUUGCCUUGUGCACAGUACAGGUGGAGCAGCACCACGAGGAGACAGCAGGCUGUCCCCACUGCCAGGACCCCCGAGCCUGAGACCCCCACCCACGCCGCUACAUUGGGCCAGACGUGGCCCUGGCCCCAGCUCCUCGCGCUAGAGUAGGGCAGUGCUUGAGAUCCCAUCCUCCCCUCUACCCCACACCACUGCUGCGGAGUCCUGGGGGGGGACAGUGACUCCAGUGCCGUGUCCUGGGGGGACGGACGCAUGGCCUGGCCUGUGGAACACAGGGGCUCCCUGGGAUCUUCCACUCCCUGAAGUGCCACAGCUCCUGAGGAGGCGGAAUCCUGCCCUACCACCCGGUCCCCAGGGAGCCUGUCUGUCCUGGCAGAAGGGGACAUGCCCCAUGGGGGACCUCAGACCUGGCCUUGGCCCCAGCCCCACACACUGCUGCCUGAGCUCCAUCUGAAUCCUGCUGUUCCUGAUCCAUUCCCUCUGCUGAGUCGUGCCUGUGCCCCUGGUGUCCACCUGUCCAUCAGUGCCAGCAGCAGUGCCAGCACU